UUGUAAUUUCUUUCUCCUGAAUAAAUAACGGCCGAGAUUGAAUUAUUCGUUCGUUUUCUGAUAUUAUACGAAUAUAUCACCGAGAUUAACUAUCUUCUAUCCGAUCCAAGGACGUACCCUCUUUUAUGAGUACCAGCAUCAUCGACUCCGGUCCCCCAAGGCUAUACGCAAACAGGCCAAGGAGAAACGGCACCAUCAUCAAGUGAACAAGUCUAAAUCACGAUUUAUCAUGAGUGGUUCAAAGAAAGAUGCCUCCCGUAAGCAGGGCUUCGAGAGACAUCCCUUCUUGAUGUCCGUCGAGGAGACGACGAGCUUUCUCCGAACGGAUAUGGAGAAUGGUCUCUCGGACACUCAGGUGCAGGAACUCCAGCAGCGUUAUGGACCUAAUAGGCUGGAAGGCGAAGGCGCUGUUAAGUGGUAUUCGAUUCUGGGAAAGCAGAUUUCUAAUGCGAUGAUUAUGGUUCUUAUUCUCGCCAUGGCCCUCGCAUACGGUGUCUCGGACUACAUCGAAGGCGGAGUCAUCACCGCCGUCAUCGUGGCUAACGUCCUUAUUGGAUUCUUCCAAGAAUUCCAAGCUGAAAAGAAAAUGGACUCCCUGCGAUCCCUUUCCUCUCCCUCUGCAACAGUCAUUCGCAAUGGACAGACGACCACUAUCCCAUCAGGCGAAGUCGUCCCUGGAGACAUUGUCCUGAUCAAGACAGGCGACACCGUCCCCGCUGACCUCCGUAUUUUCGAAUGCAUGAACCUCGAGUGCGACGAGAAAAUCCUUACUGGUGAAGCUAUCCCCGUUGCCAAAGAGGCAGACUUUGACACCACGGACAAGGAUGAGCUUUCCACAGGUGUAGGUGACCGCCUCAACAUGGCCUAUUCUUCUUCGACCGUGACGAAAGGCCGUGGUCGCGGCAUUGUUGUCUUCACGGGCAUGUUCACGGAAAUUGGCAAGAUCGCACAGUCCAUGCAGGGAAAGAAGAGGAAGCCAAACCGCUCUUUGUCCCGGAAGAAGGGUGGCCAUUUCCAGCCUGUCAAGGGUCUGUCUCUUCGGAUCUGGGAUGGUGUUGGUAAAUUCUUAGGUCUGACUGAGGGUACGCCGUUGCAGAUCAAGUUGAGCAAGUUGGCGUACACUCUUUUUGGGUGUGCUAUCAUCCUAGCUAUCAUUGUCUUUGGAGUGAACAAGUUCAAUGUGACAAAUGAGGUUGCAAUCUAUGCUAUCUCUACCGGAAUUGCUAUCAUCCCCGAGUCCCUGAUUGCCGUUUUGACCAUCACUAUGGUUGUUGGAAUGACGGAGAUGCGCAAGAAGCGAGUGGUCGUGAGACAGCUGUCGGCUCUUGAAGCACUUGGUGGCAUUACGAACAUCUGCUCUGACAAGACAGGAACGCUCACUCAAGGCCAGAUGAUCACGCGCAAGGCCUGGAUCCCCGGUGUUGGGAUUUACAGUCUCAGCAACGCAGAUGAUGCCAAUGAUCCGACUCGCGGUACUGUCUCUCUGGGACAGGCCCCGGCUUCGAAGAAAGAAGCUGAAGAGGAACAAGAGCGUCAGCGUUCAGAGCGAGAUCAGUCGCGAAGUGCUGCUGCUUUGAAGUUCGAACUUCCGCCUGAAAAGCGGGAGAAGGACCAGCUCCAUGCAGAUGAAAAGGUUAACGAGAAAGAAUAUUCUAAUGGUGAUAAUCCUCCUCUUCCGGAAAUCGUUCCCGAACUGGAGUCUUUCCUCCACGCUGCCGCUCUUUGUAACCUUGCCACUGUUCGUCAUGAUGCCGAUUCAAACAAGUGGAAGACAAUGGGCGAUCCCACAGAGAUCGCAUUGCAAGUCUUUGCUCAUCGGUUCAGCUUUGGAAAGAAAGUGCUCGAGAGCGAAAGGGGCUGGAAACAGCUUGCUGAAUACCCGUUCGAUAGUACUGUGAAGCGCAUGUCUGUCAUCUACCAAAGAAACGGCGAUAAUGGUGCCAUGGUCUUCACCAAAGGAGCCGUAGAACGUAUAUUGGAUUUAUGUACGACCGUCGGCGCUGGUGCGCACCGGCAGCAGAUGACUUCUGAGAUGAAGGAACUGGUCCUGGAGCAAAUGAGCUUCUUGGCUGAUCAAGGUCUCCGUGUCCUUGCUGUUGCUCAGAAGCAGGCACCUGGAGACGCAAAAGGAGAAGAUAUCUCAAGAGAGGAUAUUGAGUCGGACUUGACGCUGCUGGGUUUGGCUGGUCUGUAUGAUCCACCACGACUGGAGACUAAGGGCGCUGUAAAAGAAUGUACGACUGCUGGUAUUCGAGUUCAUAUGCUCACCGGUGACCACCCUUCCACUGCGAGUGCUAUUGCGAAAGAGGUCGGUAUUAUCCCGAAGAAUGCCGGGACCAUGUCCGCUGAGGAGGCAGCUUCGCUCGUCAAAACGGCAGCUGAAUUUGACGGUAUGACUGAGGAACAAAUUGACGCCCUGCCCACACUGCCCCUCGUCAUCGCACGUUGCGCUCCUGAUACGAAGACCCGCAUGAUCGCUGCUCUCCAUCGCCGCAAGCGCUACUGCGCCAUGACCGGUGAUGGUGUCAAUGAUGCUCCUUCUCUCCAGGCUUCCGACGUUGGUAUUGCCAUGGGCAUGGGAGGAUCUGAUGUUGCAAAAUCCGCUUCCGAUAUUGUACUCACAGACGAUAACUUUGCCAGCAUUGUCAACGCUAUUGAAGAAGGCAGACGCAUGUUCGAUAACAUCCAGAAGUUCAUACUCCAUCUCCUUACCUCGAAUGUGGGCGAAGUUGUUCUUCUGGUCGUCGGUCUUGCUUUCCAGGAUCGACAGGGAGUUUCCGUCUUCCCUCUCUCGCCUCUGCAGAUUCUCUGGAUCAAUAUGUUGACAUCCUCAUUCCCUGCCUUUGGGCUUGGGCGCGAGAAAGCUUCAGCAUCUAUAAUGCAUCGUCCACCACAUGAUACCAAGAAGGGUGUUUUCACAUGGCAGAUCAUCACAGACAUGUUGGUGUAUGGCCUUAUUAUGGGUACCACCACAUUACUUACCUUCGUCAUCAUAGUAUACGGUGUUGGCAACGGGCAAGAUGCUCUAGGAGUCGACUGCAACGGCAACGAAUCCGCUUCAUGCAAGAUCGUCUUCCGUGCUCGUGCCGCAGUCUUUGCCGAACUCACCUGGCAGAUCCUCAUCUCCGCAUGGGAAUUCAAACAUCUCCGAAAUAGCAUUUUCAAUCUGGAUCCCGUGCGUGACCGUAGCGAAGACCGUGGCCUCAAGGCCUUCCCUUUCUUCCACGACGUUUGGGAGAACCAGUUCCUCUUCUGGGCCGUCGUCAUUGGCGCAAUCUCUGUUUUCCCUGCCAUAUAUAUCCCCGGUUUGAAUACUCGUGUCUUCAAGCAUCAAGGAAUUAGCUGGGAAUGGGGCCUUUCAUUCGGCGGACUCAUUAUCUUCUUCCUUGGUAUCGAGGCCUGGAAGUCCGUCAAGCGGUACACUGGCUGGUUUGCCGAAGGCGAAGACUACGGCCAUGGAUCUGAAGGUCACAGGAAGAUUGGGCAUGAACUCGGUUUAAGACAGGGCUUCUUCACCAUUGCGAGAACGUUCACCGGGACGAGUGGCAAGAGUCUUGGCUUGGAUAGCAUGAAGAGCCCCAGCACGAGGAAGAAUACUGGAAAUGCUCAAUUCGUGGAGCGCGUUUAAACGACGAUUUAUUUGGUUUUCAAUGACCGAGGACUUAUGACAGGAUGAUUACAUUUGACCUUGGGACAUGAACGCUUGGACUGCUGACUUGUGUGUAAAGCUGUUUUGUUUGUUUGUGUCUUGCUUGACAGUGGUUCUCGAUCAUGAUGAUACCUGAUGAUUUGGACAUAUCCACCUACUCCUCUGUUAUCUGUUGGAUCAUGGUUUAUUCUGAUAGAUAGUGACUCCUUUUCGGAUGUCGAUCACAGGAUUGUGAUUGUUAGUCCACUAUAUCUCUGAUCGAAUAGGUCUAUAUAUUAUUAUUUAGAUAGAAAAAGUAGCAAUCCACUUAGGAGAUUUAUU